CCUGCCCCCCAGUCAGGCCCACGGGCCCAUCCCGCCCGGUAUCCUGCCCCCUCCCUGCCCCCCGGGUCAGCCCUACAGGCCCAUCCCGCCCAGUAUCCUGCCCCCCGGGUCAGUCCCUGUUCCCCAGAGCGGCCGGGGCUGGGUUCAAAUCAUGGGCCGUUCCCUGUAGCAGAUAUUCUCCUGCCUUGUUGCACACCCUGAUCUAGCCUGUCCCGGCCCCAAGCAGGAUUUCUCAUAUCUGGGCCGGAUGCGCUCUCCCGGAUGGAGCGAGGAGCAGAGCCAGGGGUCCUGGGUCCCCAGGACGCUGAGGAGACCCCGAGAGAUGCCCGCACAGGCCAUGGGCCGGCCAGCGAGGCCGAGGAGGGGGAUCCCCAGCCGGAAGGGCACGAGCAAGCGGCGCCACACAGGAUGGUACCGGGACGACCCCAGGAGAGUGAUCUGCCCAGCCCAGGUGCCUGUGAGCACUGGCAGGAAAACCCUGCUAGGGAGAGAGACGCAGACCCGGCUCCCAGCGCGGCAGGUGACGAGGGGCUGAACGAAUCCAUGAUCCGGGCAUCGGGGACGGCCCACAGCUCUGCACCAGCUUCCCAUGGGACUGGUGAGGGGCUGAACGAAUCCACGAUCCAGGCGGCGGGGACACCCCGCAGCUCUGCCCCAGGGCUGAACGAAUCCACGAUCCGGGCAGCAGGGAUGCCCCACAGAUCUGCCCCAGUGCUGAACGCAUCUACGAUCCAGCUGGCGGGGACGCCCCACAGCUCUGUCCCGGCUCCCUGCAGGGCCGGCGAGGGGCUGAACGAAUCCACGAUCUGGGAGACGGGGACACCCCACAGCUCUGCCCCGGUGCUGAAUGAAUCCACGAUUCGGCUAGCGGGGACGCCCCACAGCUCUGUCCCGGCUCCCUGCGGGGCUGGCGAGGGGCUGAACGAAUCCACGAUCCGGGUGGCGGGGACGCCCCACAGCUCUGCCCCGGCGCCCCAGCCAGAGAUCAGCGCCCCAGCGAGACCUGCCGGGCCCCCGGCCCCCGGGCGGCAGUACGCCUGCCCUGAGUGCGGCCGGGCCUUUGGGCAGAGCUCCCACCUGACGCAGCACCUGCGGAUCCACACAGGCGAGCGGCCCUACGUCUGCCCCGACUGCGGCCGGGCCUUCAGCGCCAGCUCCAACUUCCUGGCGCACCGGCGCACCCACACGGGCGAGAAGCCCUACGACUGCUCCGUGUGUGGGCGCAGCUUCCGCGCCAGCUCCACCCUGCAGCGGCACCGGCGCCUGCACACGGGCGAGCGCCCCUACCGCUGCGGGCACUGCGGCCGCGCCUUCUCCCAGAGCUCCUCGCUGGCCAAGCAUCGGCGCCUGCACACAGGCGAGCGCCCCUACCGCUGCGGCCAGUGCGGGGAGGCCUUCGCCGUGCAGUCGGGGCUGGCUGCCCACCGGAGCCGGCACACGGGCGAGCGCCCCUUCGCCUGCCCCGCCUGCUGCAAGCGCUUCCGGCACAGCUCCCACCUGACAGCCCACCUGCGGGUGCACGCCCGGGAGCGGCCGCUGUGAGCCGGAGCCCCCGGCCCUGCCCCCUGGCCCUGCCCCCCAGCUCCCAC